UAAGUUAUUUAAACAAAUUAGGGUAUUUUAGCAAAACCAUAUAUAAAGUCUCCUAAAACCCUAGUUUCCCUGGGCUCUUCCGACUCUGGAUGCAGCUAGGGAAGGAUAUCGAAUCUACCAUUUGAGUUUUCUGACAUAUCAAUCGUGAAAGAAGAAAACAAGGCUAAAAAAUGGUGCAGUAUAACUUCAAGAAGAUUACUGUGGUACCCAAUGGCAAGGAUUUUAUUGAUAUUAUUCUGUCCCGUACUCAACGACAAACCCCCACUGUUGUCCACAAGGGUUAUGCCAUUUCUCGCUUGCGCCAGUUUUAUAUGAGGAAAGUAAAGUACACUCAGACGAACUUUCAUGAAAAGCUCUCUACUAUCAUUGAUGAAUUCCCUCGGCUAGAUGACAUUCAUCCUUUUUAUGGUGAUCUUCUUCAUGUUCUCUAUAAUAAAGAUCAUUACAAGCUUGCUCUUGGACAGGUUAACACUGCAAGGAACCUCAUUAGCAAAAUUGCUAAAGACUAUGUGAAACUGUUGAAAUAUGGUGAUUCACUCUACCGUUGCAAGUGUCUGAAGGUCGCUGCUCUUGGAAGGAUGUGUACUGUGAUCAAGAGAAUUGGGCCUAGUUUGGCUUACUUAGAGCAGAUUAGACAGCACAUGGCUAGACUUCCAUCAAUUGAUCCAAAUACUAGAACAAUCUUAAUUUGUGGGUAUCCUAACGUUGGUAAGAGCUCAUUUAUUAACAAGAUUACCAGAGCCGAUGUUGAUGUUCAGCCCUAUGCCUUCACAACAAAGUCACUCUUUGUGGGUCACACUGACUAUAAGUACUUGAGGUACCAAGUGAUUGAUACACCGGGGAUUUUGGAUAGGCCAUUUGAAGAUCGUAACAUCAUUGAGAUGUGUAGCAUUACUGCUUUGGCUCAUCUUAGAGCUGCCGUGCUGUUUUUCUUAGACAUAUCUGGGUCUUGUGGGUAUACAAUUGCUCAGCAGGCCGCUCUCUUUCAUAGUAUAAAGUCUCUGUUUAUGAACAAACCAUUGAUUAUUGUCUGCAAUAAAACUGAUUUGCAGCCGCUGGACGGUAUAUCAGAGGAAGAUAUGAAAUUGGUCAAGGAGAUGCAGGCUGAAGCUAUGAAAACUGUAAUGGGUCAAGGAGGUGAGGCUACAGAUGAAGAGGGAGUGUUGCUUACUAUGAGCACUUUGACAGAGGAAGGCGUUAUUGCUGUUAAGAAUGCUGCCUGCCAGAGAUUAUUAAAUCAAAGGGUAGAAUUGAAGAUAAAAUCAAAAAGGAUGGAUGAUUGCUUGAAUCGGCUUCAUGUGGCAAUGCCAAAGCCUCGGGAUCAGAAGGAAAGACCAAUAUGCAUACCUGCGGCUGUGUUGGAAGCCAGGGAAAAACAAGAAGGAGAGAAGCAAAUUAGGAAAACCGAGAAGGAUUUGGAAGAAGAGAAUGGUGGUGCCGGCGUCUAUUCUGCCAGUUUAAAGAAGAACUAUAUCUUAGCCAAUGAUGAAUGGAAAGAAGACAUUAUGCCUGAAAUUAUGGAUGGACAUAAUGUGUCUGACUUCAUCGAUCCUGAUAUUUUAUUUAGACUUGAAGAGUUGGAAAGAGAAGAAGGAUUUCGUCAAGCAGAGGAAGCUAAGGACGAUUUUGAGAUGGAUGGUGCUGAAUUGACUCCCGAGGAACAAGAAGCUUUAGCUGCGAUCAGAAGAAAGAAAAGUGUGCUUAUUCAACAACAUAGAAUCAAGAAAAGCACUGCAGAAAGCCGACCCAUCGUACCAAGGAAAUUUGAUAAAGACCGAGAAUACACAACAAAGAGAAUGGGGAGACAGCUAUCAGUCUUGGGUCUGGAUCCUACUUUGGCAGUUAACCGUGCACGUAGUAAAUCACGAGGUCGCAAGAGGGAGAGAUCUCCUGACAGAGGAGAUGCUACUGGCGAUAAUACUAUGGAUGUGGAUGACGAAACACCAAGUAAGAAGUUACGAAUGAGGUCUAUGUCCAUGUCAAGAUCUAGGUCUAGGUCUCGUCCACCAAGUGAGGUUACCCCUGGGGAUGGAUUCAAGGACUCAGUCCAAAAGGUCAAGGCAUUAAAGAUUGCGAAGAAAUCUGUGAAAAAGAGGAAUAAGGAUGCUCGCCGUGGUGAGGCAGAUAGGGUAAUCCCAACAUUGAAACCAAAACACUUGUAUUCAGGAAAACGCUCUACUGGAAAAACUGACAGGCGUUAGAAAUGUUUGAGGAAUACAUUUAUUUUCAACCUUUUUGGUGUUUUCUUGUUGUAAAAGGAUCUGAUGAAGAUGUAGAUUCCUGCUUUGGCUUGGGGCACAGAGUUAUAUCUUUAUUUUAUAGCUUAAGUUUUUAUGCAAUUUGGAAUGAUGAAUAUAUUCAUUCUCCUUUGAGACUUGGGUGUCUUGUGGUGAUGUAUUUCACAUGAUACCAGAAAAUUUUUGACCGCUUAGUGUUAAAUUCUAUUUCGUCUUCUCUUGUUUUCAUGGUA